AUGGCCGGCGAUCAAGAAAAGAAUGGUGGUGGUGGUGGUGGUGGUGGUGGCUCGCCGGGAAAUGAAGAACAUCUACAAGAACCAACUGCGCCGAGACGAGUGUCCAGUCUGCCAACCGAAGACUCAAUAACCACGACGACUGCUACUCCCCAUGCCAGAGUGCGCUUUUCCUCCGACCUAGAUCGCUUGCGCGACGAUAAUAUCAGACCAGAUCCCCCGCGGCAGACAGCAGCAGACCGCUCAAAUGAGGAACAACGACGACCAGACCUCACGAUCAAUACAUCUGUCGCCAACACUCACAACGUGCCCUCUGCAACUAAAAACCAAUCCCUCUCUCCUACCUCGCCGCAGUCGCGAACGCGCAACCGUGGAUACUCGCUGCGCCGGUCUCUCUUUGCGAAGAAUAUACAGACGCAUUCUGCCAGUCCAGAUGGAGAACUGGAGGAUAUCGAGCUUGCAACAACAACAACACGGCCAGAGGCAGCCAAGCCAGAGACUAUUCAAGAAAAGACUGCCGUGACGCAACAAGAAGUGGGAUCUACAGUGCAGCCGAUUCGAAGGCUGGAAUCCGAUUCCCAGGAGGACCUGUAUUCUCUGAGCUAUUCUGAUUCGACCCCGCUCAAGUAUACUUCCUCUUUGAUCGUCGAAGGGCAGAAUUGGAUUGUUUCGACUGCCGCAAACUCAAAGGCGUGCGAGUGGCUGGUGGAAUUCCGCCAGACGGUUCGCAAAAAGGUCUUUCGCAUUCAGGAAAUCCUCCCGACCAAGGACGGCCGGCAUAUUGAUUUGAAUGUGAGCUGUGUGGAUGAGCUGCUCGACGAGAGAACUAACAAACCAUACAUCAACAAUUCCAUCCGCUCGAGUCGAUACAGCCUGUGGAGUUUUUUCCCCAAACAGUUUGUGGCGCAGUUCUCAAAAAUCGCCAAUUUUUAUUUCCUGGUUGUCUCUAUCCUGCAGAUGAUUCCCGGUUUGAGUACCACCGGUACUUUUACCACUUUUAUUCCUCUGAUGAUUUUCGUGGGUAUUUCCAUGGGUAAAGAAGGCUUUGACGACUUGCGCCGCUAUCGAUUAGACAAGGAAGAGAAUAAUCGUUUCGUGAGUGUGCUGCGACCCGAUGUGUCGCAAGAAGAGCGAGGGGCGGAAACCGUUCCUGCGGAUGACGCUUCUGUCGCUAACAAGGAUGAGAACUGGACCGCGGUCAAAUGGCAGAGUGUCCGGGUGGGCGAUGUUAUCAAACUCCAGCGCAACGAGCCCAUCCCCGCCGAUGUGGUCCUGCUGCACGCUGUAGGCCAGGACGGUGUCGCCCAUAUUGAAACCAUGGCCCUCGAUGGCGAAACCAACCUCAAAACCAAGCAGCCUUGCCAAUUAGUGUCCAAAGUCUGCUCAACACCAGAGGAAAUCAUAGCGCGACAGCAUCCCAUACGCUUCACAGUCGAGGACCCCAACUUGGAUCUUUACAAAUUCGACGGCAAUGCCACUGUUAAAGAAGAGAGGCUUCCGCUUACAAACAACGAAAUCAUCUACAGAGGCAGUAUCCUGCGAAAUACCAAACAAAUCUAUGCCAUGGUCAUCUACACUGGGGAGGAGUGCAAGAUCCGGAUGAAUGCAAACAAAAAUCCUCGUAUCAAAAAGCCCGCCCUUCAAUCCGUCGUCAACUCUGUCGUCAUAAUCAUCGUCAGCGUGGUCAUUCUCAUUGCCAUGGUCUGUACUAUUGCCUACAAGUUCUGGAGCAGCGAUUACGAGAGCGGUGCGUGGUAUUUGGCAGACGCACACGUAGCGAUCGGCCCCGUCUUCACCUCUUUCUUGAUCAUGUUCAACACGCUGAUCCCAAUCUCGCUCUACGUCAGUAUGGAAAUCGUCAAAGUCGCGCAGAUGUUCCUGCUUAAUGAUAUUGACAUGUAUGACGAGGAGUCUGACACGCCUCUAGAGGCACGGACUUCGACCAUUAACGAGGAACUCGGUCAGAUCAGCUACAUUUUCUCCGACAAAACAGGAACACUGACCAACAACACCAUGCGCUUUCGUAUGAUGAGUGUGGCCGGCAUGGCCUGGCUUCACGACAACGACCUGCGAGAAGAGGCUGCGCGGGAGGGUGACCGGCAUCGAUUGAUGCACAAGAAACGCACCACCAAGGGCAAAAAUGCCAUGCGUCGUAAAUCUGGCGUCGACAGCGUCCAUCGCGCUUCGUCUGUUCGCAUGUCAAUGGCCUCUAUCCACACAGAUCAUCAACCUUCUCGAACAAAGUCGAUUAACCAAGGCCACGCUUUCCACGGAGGCAACACCACUCAAAUGCUCCAGUAUAUCCAGCGGAAACCUUUUACUCUGUUUGCUCGUAAAGCCAAGUUUUUUAUUCUGUCAUUGGCUCUUUGCCACACGUGUAUCCCAGAGCGAGACGAAUCUGGCGAGGUGUCUUUUCAAGCUGCAUCGCCAGAUGAGUUGGCGCUGGUGACUGCAGCACAGCAGCUAGGAUACUUGGUUCAGGAUCGCCAGUCAAACACCCUGACGGUGCGAGCAUACCCAUCCGGCCUGGAUGACGAUCCUGUGGAUGAGGUUUAUGAGAUCCUGGACGUGAUAGAAUUCACUAGUACGCGGAAAAGGAUGUCUAUAGUUGUUCGCAUGCCCGACCAGCGUAUUUGCCUGUUUUGCAAAGGUGCCGAUUCCACAAUCACGAAACUCCUCCGUCAGGCCUCGUUGGCACAGGAAAAGGCCGUUGAAAUCGAGAGACGGGCCAGUAAACGCAAGAACGAGGAGGCCGUUGAAGCGAUGCGGCGGAACAGCGAACAUCACAGCCCUAUAUCUGUGCGCCGUCCGAGCUUGCACUCCCAGAGACGGUCUAGCACUUUUUCCGCAAAUCGCAACUCGCUGCGUCGAAGCGUUGAUGUCUGGCUCAAGGAUCGCGAAACCGACGGCGGAAGGCGAAACAGAGAUAAUGGUGGAGAACUCUACAGUCCACGCCCGUCAGGUCAGCUGAACCGGAACUCGUCGGUCUUUUCGGAUGGCAGACCGUCCUUUCAGGAGGAUGACGACGCCCAUUUGGUUGACGAGAGCCUUGUUGUUGACGACAAUGCCAUCUUCGAACGGUGUUUUCAGCAUUUGAACGACUUUGCCACGGAGGGCCUGCGUACGCUCAUGUAUGCAUCCCGGUUUAUCGAAGAGGCGGCGUACCAGGAAUGGAAACAAGCGUAUCACGAAGCCACAACUAGUCUGGUUGAUCGACAGGAGAAGAUUGAAAAAGUAGGCGAAGAAAUCGAAACGCAACUUGACCUGAUCGGCGCCACGGCUAUCGAGGACAAGCUGCAAAAGGGCGUGCCCGAGACUAUUGACAAGUUGAGACGGGCCAACAUUAAGCUCUGGAUGUUGACCGGCGAUAAGCGAGAGACUGCCAUCAACAUUGGCCACUCGUGCCGUCUGGUCAAGGAUUAUUCCGAAGUCGUCAUCUUGGACCAGGAGGCUGGAAAUGUGGAAAGGACGAUCGUCACUCUGAUAUCGAACAUUCGAAAGGGGAAAAUCGCCCAUUCAGUGUUGGUAGUUGACGGUCAGACGCUGUCCAUGAUUGAAGCAGACGAGAUCUUGAUGGCCCGGUUUUUCAAGCUGGCGAUUAUGGUUGAUUCUGUCAUCUGCUGCCGUGCCAGCCCUAAGCAAAAGGCAUUUUUGGUGCGGUCGGUGCGGAAGCAGGUCAUGGAUGCCAUCACUCUGGCCAUUGGCGAUGGCGCAAACGACAUUGCCAUGAUCCAAGAAGCUCAUGUCGGCAUUGGUAUAACCGGAAAGGAAGGGUUACAAGCCGCGCGAAUUUCUGAUUACUCGAUUGCGCAAUUUCGAUUCCUGCAAAAGCUGCUUCUUGUCCAUGGUCGCUGGAACUACAUUCGCAUUUGCAAGUAUACUCUCGGGACGUUUUGGAAGGAGACCUUGUUCUACCUCACGCAGGCUCUUUAUCAGCGAUAUAAUGGAUAUACGGGGACCAGUCUGUACGAGAAUUGGUCUCUUAGUAUGUUCAAUACCUUGUUCACGUCUCUCGCGGUCAUUUUCUUGGGUAUAUUUGAAAAGGAUCUGGCUGCCUCGACGCUGUUGGCUGUUCCUGAGCUUUACACCAAAGGUCAACGCAAUGGGGCGUUUAGCAUACGGAUCUACCUGGGAUGGGCUCUGAUGGCUGUUAUUGAAGCACUGAUAAUAUUCUUCUCAAUGUUCAGCCUGUUUGGUGAGUCUUUGAUGGGAGUCGACAACACCAUCUUCCCGAUGGGACUGUUGACUUUUACUGCAUGCAUCACGGUCAUCAAUCUCAAGCUGCAAUUUUUGGAGAUCCACUACAAGACGUUUCUGUCCGGUAUCGUGCUUUUCCUCUCUAUUGGUGGCUGGUUUUUGUGGAAUAUGAUUCUGUCCGCUCGCUACGACGACGCCAAAUCAGGCAAGGGCAUCUACGACGUGAACGGCAACUUUUUGACGCGCAUUGGGCGGAGUCUGAGUUUCUGGGUUGUUUUGUUUCUGAUCGUUUCGGCGGUGCUCCUGUUCGAAACGACCGUCAGCACCAUCCGCGCCAUCCUCUUUCCUAAUGAUGUCGACAUCUUUCAAGAACUCGAAAAGGACCCCGCUAUCAAACGCCGCUUCGAAGAAGCCGCCGCGUCAGAACUGCAACAGGGCUGGGACCGCGGCAGCAAGAAAUCGAGUUUCGAGCUGGAGCGCGAACGGGCAGAGCAGGCUGCGCGCGAGAAGGAGGUCCACAACUAUCUCCUACGACGGCACGAAAUUGACGACGACGACGACAACAACAACAACAGUCGCAACAAGGCUACAAAUGUAGAGGCUCAUGAAACCGAGAACGACGAUGACGAUGACGUUGUUGCUGCCACUGCUCCGACGGUUACGGCAGAUGAUGCAGAUGAAGAAAUGGGCAUGGUUAGCCCCGGCGGCACAACGACGACGCGUCGCAAGUCUCACGAUAUUCACGAUUUGUUUAGUAAAGGGUUCGGAUCGAUUAAAAGAGGGCAUCUUUAG